AUGAACACCCCAUCUUCGUCGAGCGCUCGCAAGGCAGAGCUUCCUCUGCACAUCCUCGUCGUCGGCUGUGGUCUUGGCGGACUCGCCGCUGCCCACUGUCUAGCGCAGGCUGGACAUCGGAUAACCGUUCUCGAGGCAGCAGAGGCAAUAGGGGAAGUCGGUGCAGGCAUCCAGGUAUCUCCCAAUGUCACCCGCCUUCUGGUCCGUUGGGGUCUCGGGCCAGCGCUGGCAGAAAUCGCAGUGAAGCCCGAAGCGAUCGUCUUUCGCAGGUACUGCACGGGAGAGAGAGUCGGAUAUUCUCAAUGGGGGGAGAAGAUGGAAGCGUUUGGCGCGCCGUACUACCACAUUCACCGCGCAGAUUUCCACCAGCUUCUGUACGACCUCGCGGCGCCAAGCAUGACGCUGCGUCUCAAGUCCACGGUGGUCGCCGUGGACCCGGAUGCGCCCUCAGUCACGCUCGCGUCAGGGGAAGUCGUGCGCGGCGACCUCAUCGUUGGCGCGGACGGUGUGAAGAGCUUCAUCCAGCAGGUUGUGCUCGGGCGCGUUAAUCCCGCGCAGGCGACGGGCGAUGCUGCGUACCGCGCACUCAUUCCCACAGAGCUCAUGCUUCAGGAUCCGGACCUUAAGCCAUUUGUGGAUACGCCGGAGAUGACGGGAUGGAUGGCGCCCGGGAGGCACCUCAUGGCGUACAACGUGCGCGCUAAGAAGGAGUACAACCUUGUCCUGCUCCACCCUGACGACGGCUCCGUGGAGUCAUGGACGGCCGAAGGUAGCGCAGACAAGAUGCGUGCAGACUUCGCUGACUUCGAGCCCCGGGUGCAGAAGAUGAUAGCAAUGGUGAAUUCCACCCUGAAGUGGCGUCUCAUGGAUCGUCAGCCGCUCGAUACUUGGAUCGACAAGUCCGGGCGUGUCAUCCUCCUUGGUGACGCAUGUCAUCCAAUGCUGCCAUAUCGCGCGCAGGGUGCCGCGAUGGCAAUCGAGGACGCAGCUACACUCGGAAAGCUGCUCUCUCACCUGUCAUCCAUGGAACAGCUCACAGCGCUGUUGAACGCUUAUCAAGACCUGCGACUUCCACGCACAGCCGCGACACAGGCAUCGUCGCGACUCAACCAGAAGAUCUUCCACCUGCCCGAUGGGCCAGAGCAAGAGGCACGAGACACUGCGAUGCGUACAGCAAUGGAGGCAGAGUUUGCAGGGUCGGUCGCGGGAAGCGAGGGGAACCCCAACCAGUGGGCUGACCAGCGCAAGAAUGAGAUCCAGUUUGGUUACGAUGCGGAGGAGGCUGCAGAGCAGUGGUGGCGUGAGGUCGGAGAACGCAAGGUGGGCACGCUUGAGGCAAAGAUGGAGGCGCGACUUUGA